AGGUUGGUAAAUGGGGCUUGGAGAAUAUUCAAUCUCCAAAGUCUUGGAAAGUCAUAUUGUUAUCAACUAAACAAAGUGAAACUUUCUCAGAUCAGGUUUCUUUCUUUCUUUGAUAUCUCAGAUCAACAAAAUCAGUGGCUUGUGGAAAAAAAGGUCAGAACUUUUUUUUUUUUGGCCCCCUCUAUAAAAAGUCUCUUUUUUGUACACCAAAAGAGAGCUUUUUACCAGAUUCACCAUUAUCUUCUUCUUCUUCUUCUAGUCUUUCUACCAUAUCUAAUGCCAUUUCUUCAGUUUGUUCUCAUGGGAAAAACACCAAGGAAUCAGUUAUUUUCCAAGCUCUCAUUACUAUUUCUAGGACUAUUUUUUUCCUCUCUAUUAUGUUUUUCUUGCUUUCUACUAGGCUUUGGAGUACUCUUCUCUCUCCUCGUUUCUUUUCCAAUUUUGAUCCUAUCAACCAUUUUCCUCUUCACAUCCAUAAAGAAGAAGCCUUUUUCAGAUGAAAAUCCAUCUGGGAAAUUACAUUGUAGCCAAAAUAUCCCUCUAGAUAAUGAACUAAAGAAGCAAAUUUUGGAAGAAAAUGAGAUUGCCCAAGAAAGCAAAAAUGUCAAAAACCAUGAUUAUACAAACGAAUUAGAAGAAACUCCAUCAGAAAGUGAUGAUAUUGUCUCAGAAUCAAGUGAGAGUUUUGAGCUCAAAUGGCAAAAUCUAACAAUUUCCGAGUCAUCAUUUUCUGAAGAAGAAGAUGGAAAUUUGAUUGAGAUAAGCUUGCCAGGAAGUGAGUCAAGUGGUUUAGAAGAUGAGCCAAAUUUGCCAAAUUUCUUGCCAGAAUCCAUUUUCAGCCAAAAGGGCCUCAUGGAGCUUCUAGCAGAUAUCAAUGAGAUGAAUGAGGAAGACAAUCUGAUUGAAAUUGACAUCUCAGUGGGGUCCAUUAAGUGUCCAGGGUUUGAGAUUGAGGCAUGAGUUAGUGAAAAUCGUCAAGGAUCAAGAGGUCAAUAAUUUUUUUAAUUUUUUUU